GCUAAAAAUGAAAAAUACAGAUUAGGUUCUUAUUCAAUAUGCUGCCGUUUCGCUCCCCAGCUCAUUUUACCCAAACUCAGAACCGAACCGUCGACAUUUCUCCCACUGAACCACACCGCCGCCACUCUCCUCUGCAAAAGCCUUCUCUUUUCCAAAACCCACAAAACCUCCGUUAAAACCCCACUUCACUAUCUCACUAUGUAUAGAUUCCAACGUCUAACACUCACCACCAAAACCCUCCACCGCCACCACAACCACUGCUUCUUCUCUCAAGCUGCCGCUGCUAUAAUCGAAGAACCACCCUCAAUCCAAACCACCGUACUCGAUGGAUUACCAGAACCUGGCCCAUUAGAAACAAUAUUCGCAAUCCCGCGCUCAGAUUCAGGCAAAAAUGUGUCAGCAAAAGAGCGAAAAGCGGGGAGAGUACCAAGUAUCGUUUUUGAACAAGAAGAUGGACAUCAUGGCGGUAAUAAAAGGCUGAUUUCAGUGAAAAAAAAUCGAAUUAGGAACUUGGUCAAUGAGCUUGGUAGACCCUUCUUUUUGUCCAGGCUUUUUGAGCUUGAUGUCAGGCCUCAGUUCGAGUCUGAUGAGGUUAUAGAAAAAGUUCGAGUCUUGCCGAAAGCGGUACAUCUGCAUGCUGGAACAGAUGAGCCGCUUAAUGUGACCUUUAUAAGGGCACCUUCUCAUGCCUUGUUGAAGGUCGAUAUCCCACUUGUUUUCAGAGGAGAAGACAUAUCUCCUGGACUGAGGAAAGGUGCUUAUUUAAAUACUAUUAAGAGGACUGUGAAGUUCGUUUGCCCUGCCGAUUUAAUUCCUCCAUUUAUUGAUGUGGAUCUCAGUGAAUUGGACGUGGGCCAAAAGUUGCUCAUGGGAGACCUCAAGGUACAUCCAGCUUUGAAGCUUGUUCAGUCAAAAGAACUACCUGUUGUUAAGAUUUCUGGAGGCAGGGCUUCUGACAAGAAAUCAAAAUAAUCACCGUGAGACUGAGAGCAACCACCUGUUGUUUGCAAGUUUAUCAAGGUGCAAAAUGGAGCAUUGACGAGCAGGAUUCUCGCAGCAUGUUAGAAUUUUAAUCUGGUAGUUGCCACAAUUUUUUCCCUUUCAUUUCUUUUUGGGAUUUUCCUCUCAUUUUUGGAUGACAGAGUAGGGGCUUUUGGCCGGGGUUAGUGGAUGACAUUUCUUGACUUGCUUGUCAAUGAUGCAAGAUGUGGUACCUUAUUACAGGGAUUCUCAAUAUGUUUCUAUUUCUUCUUCUUCUUCUUCUUCUUUUUUUAUAUAAUAAUAUGUUUCUUUCC